AAAAAAGGAGUCAUCCGCGGGAUUAAAUGAAACGAAAGUGGUGCCAAUGUUGAGUCUAUGAGCAACUUAUCAACUGAGCUUGAAUUCCAAUAACAACAUCAGCGAACAGCAGGGAUUAUUCAGGCCAACAAAAGGAGGAGUUUUUAUUUUAACUUUGGAAUAUUAUUCGUUUCGUUCGGUGUUUAGUCCUCUGGUCAAAUUGUGUAUUUCUAGGAUUUUAACUAUUUAUUGAAUAUUUUUAGAGGUAGAGCAGAGAGAGAGAGAGAGGAUCUGAUAGAUCAGAUCUUUUAGAAGGAAGAAGGAAACAUUUCAGGGCAUUAGUUACUUAAGUCAAGUCACUCCAAGCACUUUGUGUAUCCCACACGGCGAGUUGUUCACCGAUUUUCAUUAUGAAAAUAACAACAAUGAAGUUUAAGCGCAAAUAUGGCUGUUUAGAGAAUAUUUGAAACGAAUUUUUCACUUAUUAACCAAUUUGGAUUUUUGUUUCGACCAUCAUUUGUUACGUAGUCUUGUAUUUUAUAAGUUCCAAUCGAUUGUUUUGCGCCAAUCGUCAAACCAUCCAGCCAGCCAUCCACCCAAUCCGAUCCCCCACAAUCCACAUUGUUUUUGCAAAAGAGUAAACCAUAUUUAGUUAGCUUCUGAGGUAGAAGUUCAGAGUUGAAGGGAGAGUUUUGAGUUAUUUGCAUCCAACCAACGACAACAAUCGAAAAAAAACCAUCAUGGAGCCAUUCUCACCGGAUCUGCUAUGGAUGGUCAUCAUUGGCUUCCUGAUCGCCUUUGUCCUGGCCUUUGGCAUUGGAGCCAACGAUGUGGCCAACUCUUUUGGCACCAGCGUCGGCUCGGGCGUGCUUACCAUUCGCCAGGCCUGCGUCCUGGCCACCAUCUGCGAGAUAUCUGGCGCCGUACUCAUUGGCUACAAGGUGUCGGACACGAUGCGCAAGGGAAUCCUGGAGGUGGGCAUGUACGAGGGUUACGAAAAUGUCCUGAUGCUGGGCUGUGUGUCUGCACUGGCCAGCAGCGCCGCGUGGCUUCUGGUCGCCACCUUCCUGAAGCUGCCAAUCUCGGGCACACACAGCAUUGUCGGCUCCACCAUCGGCUUCUCGCUGGUGGCACGCGGAGUGCAGGGCCUUAAGUGGUCCACGCUACUCACCAUUGUGGGCUCGUGGUUCAUCUCGCCGGUGAUGAGCGGCAUUGUGAGCAUUCUGCUCUUCCUGGCCAUACGCCGCUUCAUCCUGCGUGCCCAGGAGCCGCUCAAGGCUGGCUUCCGAUCGCUGCCCAUCUUCUACGGUGUGACAUUCUUCAUCAACGUCAUCAGCGUGGUGCUGGACGGACCCAAGCUGCUCUACAUGGACAACAUACCCACUUGGAUAGCGUUGAGUGUCAGCCUGGGCCUGUCCCUGAUAGUAGUGGUGCUUACCCAGCUGGUGGUGGUGCCGCUUCAGCGUCGGAAGAUAGAGAAAAGGUUGAGGGCCGAGAAUCCGGUGAAGUUCAAUUUUGAGGACUCUGUCGAAUCCUCGCCAUCGGGCAGCCCCAAGAAGCAGCGUCGUCCCCUGUCGCUGGUCAGCGAGGGAAAACCGCUGCCCGCCAUCGCCGAGAUCACCGAGCUGGUCUCGCUGAGCGACAACUCCCCCAAGACCUUUAAGCUGGCGCCCUUUGGGCUAGCGGCCAAGAACAACAAUGCGCCCGGGGAGGAGUACAAAAUCGAUCCACAGCUGAUCAAGAAGGCUGAGGAUCUGCUAGGCAAGGCCAGCCUGGACAACACCGAUCUCACCAUCACCAGCCUCAACUUUAUCGACGAGCAGCAGCAACAGCAACAGCAGCAGCAGAACGGACGCAAGCUUCAGGAGUGCUUCAAGCGCAUUCAGUCGCCCAAGGAGGAGCACAAGUCGCAGCAGCAGGUGGCCAGCGGUGUGGGAGCCACCGCUGCCGUAACUGGAGCAGCUGGCAAAGGCACCAACAAUAAUCUGCAGGUGGUGGAGAGUGCCGGAAGUCUGGACCUAAUGAUCAGCUCCACCCUGUCGCCGAACUCCAGCAAGGUGCCGCUGAUCGAGAGCAAGGAGGCGCUGAAUGAACAGGAGGACGAGUUUAAGCGGGCCGCCGGUCGUCGUGCGAGCAGUGCCGAGGAGACCGAGGAGAUCUCCAUGCUGUUCUCGUUCCUGCAGAUACUUACGGCCACAUUUGGCAGCUUUGCGCACGGUGGAAACGAUGUGAGCAACGCCAUCGGACCUUUGAUCGCACUCUAUAUGAUCUAUCGCGAGGGUUCGGUGAUGCAGCAGGCGGAAAGUCCCAUUUAUAUUCUAAUCUACGGCGGCAUCGGCAUCUCCGUGGGUCUCUGGCUGUGGGGACGGCGCGUCAUCGAGACCAUUGGCAAUGACCUUACAAAAAUUACCUCAUCGACUGGCUUUACCAUUGAAGUUGGAGCCGCCAUCACCGUACUGCUGGCCAGCAAAAUUGGCUUGCCCAUUUCGACCACACACUGCAAGGUCGGUUCGGUGGUUUUCGUGGGUCAUGUGAGUUCAGCGGGUCGCAAAAAGAACCCCGUGCAGGAUCAGAAGGAGCUUCAAGCGGGCGCUGAGAAGCUAGCUCGGGAGCCAGCUGUGCCCAUGGAGGAUGGCAGCGUUGACUGGCAUCUGUUUCGGAACAUUGCCUACGCCUGGAUAGUGACGGUGCCCGUGACCGCUCUGCUUAGCGCUGGCAUGAUGUACGUGCUCUGCCUGCUGGCCGUAGAUGACAUGGGUCGGGCCUAGAGAGAGCCAUCCAUUCAAUUAUUAAUUGUAAUUGUCAAGCAAAACUAUGUUUCGUAAUUGUACAAGUUGGUAAACACACACAAAAAACCUAAGGUUAAUCACGCAAAAGAAAACAAAGAAGUGAGCAAAUCUAAACAAAUUACUCGCCUAACUAAAGCAUUGUACUCGUACUUAGCUCCUAGAAUGUCUUUGAUGCUAACCGAUCGAUAUUAAUAUGAUUUAAUAUGUCUACUACGCCAAGCAUGUCGUGAUCAUUUUUUUUUAUACAACUACUGCGACUAUUUCCAGUUAGAAUUUGCAAAACCAAAGGAAGCGCAUCUCCAUUAUUUUAUAGAAUUUUGUGGUCCAAGCCCCCCGAUUCAAUUUAAUUUACAAUUAAUACCAUUAGCUCACGGGUACUCAACUUCCACUCCCCCCCACACCCAAAAUAUGAACUGCCCGCAGCAAUAGAACAGAGCAAAACACUUGAAUAAAAUACAAACUAUGUACAACAACAAAAAGACCUCUAUAUGAACCUGGUCGAUUAUCACAACUUUCUUUUCUACUCAGUUUUAUCGAUUAUUAAUGUACUAUUUGUUCAUUUUUAUGUUUUUGUUCCUUAAGGACUGCCUAAACAACCUCAUUUGAUCUUCAAGGCUUUUACUUUUCUUUUUUAGAGAUUAUUUCGAACUUUUUCGAAUUUAUUUUUUUAAUCAUUCAUUUCGACACCAUUGAAAAUCAAGUACUCAAGAGGCUCUCCAGUCCGUCUUUCAUUUACAUUCCAUUUGAGAGUCCAGUUCGUAAAGUAUUUCACUAUGUAGUCAUACGAGAAAUAAAUACAAAGUUAUGAAAUAUACGCAUCUUAUUAUUCGGAUAAA